CAAUCUAUUUGAAAUGGAUAUUUAUGAAAAAUUAAUGAAAUGAAGAAAAAAAAUAGAAAGUUAUAUAGUAAGAUUACUAAAAUAAAUAUAAAUGGAAGGUAAAAGUGGUAGAAGUUAUACGAUAUGGAUUAGAAUGAUAAGAAUAGAAAAUUGAAAGAAAAGAGGGGAAGAUUUGAAUAGGAUUUUUGAA